AAAUGAUUAGACUGUUUGGCAACAUUGUGUAUGUCGGCGCUCUGGGCUCCGUUGAGCCGCCGCGCGCCAUCCUGCUGUCCUGCCGCCUGCCGUCGCCGCCGUCUGACGUGACGACGUCUCCACGUCUGUUGCCGUGUGCCGUGUUUUCGCCGGUACCUAAAGCUCCGCGACCGCCUCGCGACCGAUCAACAAACACGACCUUGCUUGAUCGCGUUUUCUGUUAUAUUCGCACUUAGUGACAUUGUGCGACAGAGUGAGUGACAACACCCCCUUGUUGGUGCCAGUGGUCGAAUUUAUCCUGCAAUCCUGCUAGAUUGAACCUGCACCGUCUCUAUCAAACCCAGCGAUCGUCGCGCCAUCCCUCCGCCUCGGCAUUUCGGCGAUGUUGCCGCCCUGAGCUUCCUUUCGCGACCGAUACCGCUUCGCCGCCAUGUUGUCGUACAUGCUUCCGGUGGACGAAAAGCCACCCCCGGGUCCCGGAAAAGCGCGAUUGCAAUUGUCAUUAAGCGCCAAUUCGACCGCUGCGACAACGGCCCCUACGGCAUCAACAGCCCCCAACGGGCGACCCUCCCCUAUCAGCAAGGAGACCAGUGUGAGUAGUUUGGCUAGUGAUGUCACAACGGCGACCGUGACGUCAGUGGCUACGGCUACUGGAUCUGCCACGCCCUCUAGCGACCGAGGCAAGGUCAAGGCCACGGCUGUCAAUGGGAAGCAUCCGUCACUGAAAAGGUUAGUUUCCUUGUAUUAUUUUACUGGCUUUUCACAAGUAUCCCUUAUGGCAAAAUAACAGCUGAUUAUAUAGAAA